AUGCCUAGGUCAUUUCCCGCAUUUGGUACGAGGCACAAGAAGCAGUCCAAAGUGCCUAUGAUGAAACUACAACCACCUAGGCGCAAACCAAAAAAGAGAUUGAAGACCAUAUUGAAUGAACAUAUGGAUAUCGAACAAUUGAAGGUCCUGGAGGGGUUGGUUGACCGAGUGAAUCCGGACCCAGCUAUCAGCCCAGAGUAUAGUAAUAAUCAGAGUCAGUCAUUACAAUUUCACUGCAAUUCACCCUUACAGCGCUCGAGAGAGGAGAAGAAGAAGAAGAAGAAGAAGAAGAAGAAGAAACGGCCGAUGGGAGGAGGGUCAAUGGUGGUGAGGUUGGUUUUGAUAUUUACAAUUUUGUCCGUGGCUUCUUCCAUCGAUGACAAAUGCGCUGCGUGCAAUGCGGUCGCGGAGGAGCUCGAGUUGGGACUUUCCAACGAAAAACCCAGAAACCAUUUGGAUAUGAGACACCGAUUGGACUCAACUGGUCAACGGAGAGGAAAGGUAAUCGAUUACAGAGUCAGUGAGCUCAGAGUUGUUGAACUCCUCGAUGGAAUUUGCGAAAAGAUGCAGGAUUAUACUCUUCACGAGAUAGAUUCAAACAGAAAAGAGUGGAUCAAAGUGGAUAACUGGGAUAACCUCACAAUAAGUAAACAAGAAGCUAAAGCAUAUUCAAAGGAUUUAUCGACCUAUUGUGGAAGAUUACUUGAGGAAACAGAAGAUGAGUUGGCAGAAUUGAUAAAGAAAGGAUCUGUAAGAGGAGGAGAUGUAAGCAAGGUCUUAUGUCAAGAUCUGAGUGCACACUGUAGCAGGACAAGUGCAUCGCAUCAGGGAAAUGGAUAUGGUAAUGGAUCCGACGGAGAGCUCUGA